UUGAUUAUCUUGUUUCAGCGUUGGACUGGAUUCCUUUAUCAGGAAGUGCUGGUCAACAUGGUGAUUGGCAUUUUGGUAUUUAAUAAACUUGUUUCCAGAGAUGGGAUCCUAGAUAAAAAGCUCAAACACAGAGCCGGUCAGAUGAGUGAGCCUCAUAGCGGUUUGACGCUCAAAUGUGCCAAGUGUGGAGUAGUUUCGACAACAGCUUUGUCAGCCACCACCGCCAGUAACGCCAUGGCGUCUCUUUGGAGUUCCUGCGUGGUGUUGCCCCUUCUGGCUCUGACGUGGAUGUCUGCAGUUCUAGCCAUGACAGACAAACGCUCCAUAUUGUUCCAAAUACUUUUUGCCGUGUUUGAUUCAUUGCAAGGUUUUGUGAUAGUCAUGGUCCACUGCAUUCUUCGGAGAGAG